GCUUGUAAGAAGCCGAACGACCAACAACCAUCAUCGUUGCUCACGAGAUGCCGUUGUCCGUCUCAGCGUCGGCUCUCCCGUCUUUUCGGAAGCAGCAUCUUCUCGUCGAGUUCUCCCGUCUGCGCUAUGCACAGCUUGAUGGCAUUUUCUUGAGUAUCACACCUGGCGACCCGUCACUGUGGUUUGGUGUAAUAUUCGUGCGAAAAGGACCAUACGCGCCCGCAGUCUUACGCUUCCAAAUAUCUUUUCCACCCAGCUAUCCUGCCAUACCACCCCUCGUGACCUUCUCUACCGAUGUCUUUCACCCGCUGCUCACGCCACUUACCACGUAUACUUACACGACUGGAUCCGCCGACACGGAUACCGUAAGUGCAACAGACGAGGAACGGCUACCACCUGGAGGGUUCAGUUUACGACACGGCUUUCCACACUGGUUCGGAAGAGCUCGAAGAUCUGUACCAAAUUCUCGUGAUGUCAGUGCAUCUUCAAAUGUACUUCCUAUGCGUUCCGACUCCAAUGUUACCUCUGGUGUCCUCGGCGGUACCCAGCCAACGGCCGAAUACUCCAUCGUACGCAUGCUAGAGUACAUCCGCUCGACGUUUAGUGAAGAAUCAAUAUUGGACUCACUCCCAUUAGAGGCAGCUGCGAACCCAGGCGCCUACCACGCGUGGCGGGCGCAUCGGGCUCCAGUAUUGCAAUCUCAACAGUCAAACCCAACAUCUCCUAGCCUUGAGCCUUCCACGACGGAGAAUCCAGAGGGUGCGUCUGCACUUGGACGUAAUCGACGACCAGGAGAGUGGAACUGGGAAGGAGUAUGGGAAGAUCGCGUAAGAAAAGCAGUCAAGGCUAGUAUAUCUGAGCCAGUCCUAUUCGGCACUGGCGCUGGGGAAGACAUAAUUCGCUUUCGUGAAGCGGACGACGAGAUGCAUGAGCAGAUGAAGAAGCACAUGGAAGUCGCUGCCGCACAAAUUGGUGAGGCGUAGUUGUCAAUUUAUGGCGUAAGACCUAUAGGGCAUCGAUUCACGUAUGAAUGCAUGAGCACAAAACUCUCCACGGAAACGCAGUUUGAAGUGAAGUUCAACAGCGUGCUCUCCAGGGCAGGAACGCCACAGGUUUGUUGACGCACCCAUUCGCACCUUCCAACUCAUUUCAGCGCUUCUCCUUCUGGAAUACUUACCUCAGCCGACUCUCAUUAUCAUGCCUACGUCUCAAACGCACAUCUCAAUUUACGCAUUGGCUACUCUUCUUAU